UGGGCGGCUCGACUCUCUGCUCCGCCGGGGCUUGUGCAAGUGCCCCCGAGCCGGGCACACGCGCCCCGCGGGCACACUCAGCGACAGCGGGGUUUGCGGCCGGCGGACCCCGGCGGCGAAGCAGGGCGGGCGGGGCGGUUUUCAUGUGUUGGCCCCUGGUUUAGUGGAGUCACACCCGGGGCUUUUCUGUUUGUAGUUCUGGUUUUUGGUCGGGGCGGCGAGGGGCUGAGGGACUGAAAGAUGGAGACUGUCAGUCGAAGCAGCUUCCAGCCGCAUCCCGGGCUGCAGAAGACCUUGGAACAGUUUCAUCUGAGCUCCAUGAGCUCCCUGGGUGGCCCGGCCGCCUUCUCCGCCCGCUGGGCGCAGGAGAUGUACAAGAAGGACAAUGGCAAAGACCCGGCGGAGCCCGUCCUCCACCUGCCCCCCAUCCAGCCCCCGCCGGUGAUGCCGGGCCCCUUCUUCAUGCCCUCGGACAGGUCCACGGAGCGCUGCGAGACCAUCCUGGAAGGGGAGACCAUCUCCUGCUUCGUGGUGGGUGGCGAGAAGCGGCUCUGUCUGCCCCAGAUCCUGAACUCCGUGCUCAGGGACUUCUCCCUGCAGCAGAUCAACUCGGUGUGCGACGAGCUGCACAUCUACUGCUCCAGGUGCACGGCCGACCAGCUGGAGAUCCUGAAAGUCAUGGGCAUCCUGCCCUUCUCGGCCCCUUCCUGCGGGCUCAUCACCAAGACUGACGCCGAGAGGCUCUGCAAUGCCUUGCUCUACGGGGGCACCUACCCGCCCCACUGCAAGAAGGAGUUCUCCAGCACCAUCGAGCUGGAGCUCACCGAGAAGAGCUUCAAGGUGUACCACGAGUGCUUUGGGAAGUGCAAGGGACUCCUCGUGCCAGAGCUGUACAGCAACCCCAGCGCUGCCUGCAUCCAGUGCUUGGACUGCAGGCUCAUGUACCCGCCUCACAAAUUUGUGGUCCACUCGCAUAAAUCCCUGGAGAACAGGACUUGCCACUGGGGCUUUGACUCGGCUAACUGGAGGUCCUAUAUCCUCCUCAGCCAGGAUUACACCGGGAAAGAGGAGAAAGCAAGACUGGGCCAGUUCUUGGAUGAAAUGAAAGAGAAAUUUGACUACAGCAACAAAUACAAGAGAAAAGCACCCAGGAUCCCUUCGGAUCCUCCUGCUUCCAAAAAGCCCAAAAUUGAUGACUCUGCUUCCCAGUCUCCAACUUCUGCCGAGAAGGAAAAGCAAUCCAGUUGGUUACGGUCCUUGUCUAGUUCAUCCAAUAAGAGUAUUGGUUGUGUCCAUCCCCGUCAGCGCCUCUCUGCUUUCCGGCCUUGGUCCCCUGCUGUUUCAGCAAACGAGAAAGAGCUCUCGACACAUCUUCCCAUACUGAUCCGAGACGGUUUUUACUCCUACAAAAGUUUCGAGAAUGCUGUGGCCCCCAACGUGGCUCUUGCGCCUCCUGCUCAGCAGAAGAUUGUAAGCAAUUCCCCAUGUGCCACAGUGGUGUCACGGAGCAGUGAGCCAAUGAGCAGCCCGGUCCAGCCACGGAAAAGGAAGCUGACUGCAGACAACCCAGCAGUCCCGGACACAGUGAGCACCGUCACUGCUACCGAAGAGGACAAAGAGUCAGAAGCAGAGAUUGAAGUAGAAACCCGGGAGGAAUGUAAGUUCACCUCUUCCCUGUCCUCGCUCUCCUCCCCAUCCUUUACUUCGUCCAGCUCUGCGAAGGACAUGAGCUCACCUGGCAUGCAAACCACGGCCACUGUCAGCAACUCCUUUGAGGUUGCCACACAUGCUGAGUCUCACAGCAGCGGGUUGGAAGCUGAACUGGAGCAUCUAAGACAGGCCCUGGACAGUGGCCUGGAUACUAAAGAAGCCAAAGAGAAAUUCCUCCAUGAAGUGGUUAAAAUGAGAGUGAAGCAGGAGGAGAAGCUAAAUGCUGCCUUGCAGGCUAAACGAAGCCUGCACCAGGAGCUGGAGUUCCUGCGCGUGGCUAAGAAGGAGAAGCUGAGAGAGGCAACCGAGGCAAAGCGCAACUUGAGGAAAGAGAUCGAACGUCUUAGAGCUGAGAAUGAGAAGAAAAUGAAAGAAGCCAAUGAGUCACGGAUACGACUAAAGCGGGAACUGGAGCAAGCCAGGCAGAUCCGGGUGUGUGACAAAGGAUGUGAAGCAGGCAGGCUGCGGGCCAAGUACUCUGCCCAGAUUGAGGACCUACAGGUUAAGCUUCAGCAUGCCGAGGCCGACAGGGAACAGCUCCGAGCUGACCUGCUGCAUGAGAGGGAGGCUCGGGAACACUUGGAAAAAGUGGUCAAGGAACUUCAGGAACAACUGUGGCCUAAAUCAAGCAAUCAUCCCAGCAGUGAGAACACAGCAAACGACAUUGAGAACUAAACAUCUAAUCCAUAAACAGAAUGACAUAUAUGCACAGUAAGGGAGGAUGUGUGGGGAGUGUGUGCACGUGCAUGUGUGAGGGGGUGUGUGUUGCUCUGCACACAUCUAUAAAUAUGGACUUUAUAAUUAGUUGGAGGGCAAAUGUUACUCUUUACAACAGAAGCACUGACUUACGCCUCUUUUUUCAAUCCAUAUAGCACAACAUCUUACUGUGCCUAUACCACACAGAGUGUUUAUAAACUAAAUACUUUUGAGUCCACUGCAAAUUUUCUACUGGCAAACUUCAAGCAAGCAGCAUCGUCCAACUCAAACCAGAGUAGAAGGCAAGCAACCAUGGCAGUGCUGUGACGUUGUUCUUGUGCUUGCUGGAACACUUUGGAAUGUCAAACAAAAACAAAAAACCCAACAAACUUUUUGUUAUAAGCUAUUUAAAAUUAUUACAUUAUACAGACUUGGUAUUAAAACAAUUAACGAGAUUUUUUUUAUAAACGAACCUUUAAAAGCAAAACAAAAUAAUUAAAAAAAACCACAAACCCUUGAUGCACAAUUUUUAAAUGACUUGUUACAGGCUUUGGGAUUCUUAUUGUAGAAGCCUUCUGGUGAUGUUGCCAUUUCAUCAGCAAUUUUCAACCCCUUAGGAAGCCAUCACAGUUUUAACACUGUCAUGUGGUUUUAUGAGAAUUUCAGAGUGCUUUUCAAAGUUGAUUUUUUUUCUUAGUAUGAACGAUCCUCGUUUUCCUCUACUAACCCCAGGAAGGAUGGAGGGGAGUGCAUGUGUGGGCAGAGUGUAUGCUAGAGAGAGAUAAAUCCAGCCUUAUUGACUUCAGUGUUUGUAAAUCACGCCAUAAUUUUUAAAGAUAUCUGUCAUUAACUGAUGUGUUCAAAAGACUCACUUCAUCCAAGAGCACUUCAGUUUUAGGAAAAGAAUGGAAGAAGAAAGAAAGUGAAUGAACUUAAGUUGGUUGAAAGAUAAGCAAAAAAAAAAAAAAAAGACUUGCAUUUUGAAGUCAUUCUGAAAUCUUUACUUCAGUUUUCCAGAGAACUCAUCUUUGUUACAUAAUCUUUUCAUAAAUUCAGUAUUGAUUUACCUACUCGGCAUCGUCUGUCAGGAUUACUGUGCCCGAGGACAGUGCAACACCAGAUACUACAGAAAACUAAGAAUGACACUUUUGCUGCUGUGAAUAAGGCUACAUCUUUUAUUUUUUUUAAAUAAUAGAAAUUACUUUAAUUUUGGGAUCCAAGCCGCAGCCCUGGAAUAAAAAUGCAGCAUUACAUCACUUUGUCUUUUUUUAUUAUUAUUAUUUUUUUAAAAGAACUGCACUUUGUCAAAAUCUUCCUCUGCAUUUUAUUCCACAGUUGUAAAGUUUACAGGUUGAUUAUUCUAGGUUGAACCGUGCUUUAAAGACUUCAAAACAUCCGCCCGAUUCUCCACAGCUUAGCACCUCGUGUCAUCAUUCACCCAGGCAAAGUGAAUGCAGACCAGGGAUCGAGCUACCAAAUCAGGAUUUUCCAUAUACUUAUGCUAGUAGCAGUAUUUUAUACUCGCUUUGCAUGGUUGUACAUAUCGACAAAGUGGAAGGAUGUGGAGAUUUGGGCUUUCCCCAUGGGUUUGUUGUGUACACACAUAUACGUACAGUGCUUUACUGAACAAGGGAAAUCGCUUAAUAAAAAACAAACACAUAUCUCAAUGUGCACCCAAGUUUAAAGGCAUAAGGUAAAAAUUGGACCUGGGGCUGCUGAUGUGCCUUCCAGCUAAUUUUUCCUUUCAGCAUCUUGUAAAGGAAAUGUUGACUUUUUUUUCCAACUUUAAACAACAAAAAAAGUAACCUGUGCAUCAUUAUAAACAGAAGUUAUUCUCAGUGAAGCACAUUCCUAGUAAUCUUUAUUUUCUUUUUGGACAUUUAUGCAAACUGUGUAAGCUUGAAAAUUAUUUCCCAGUAGACAAAAAGCGGCUGCCAAUCCUAAAAUUAUAGUAUUUACUUACAGUGCAUUAGAGAGAAAUAAAAGAUUUUUUAUUUUUUUUUUAAACAAGAGCUGUUUGCUUGAAUCCAUUAUAAUAACCAUUGUAACUGUGAGCAUUAAUGGGAAGUAAAGUUCAUAUAUGUUUUAGGUACAAAGAAAGAAGGUAUAUGAAAGGAAUCAAAUUAUGGGGACAAUGCAGAACUGUGGGGAGCAAACAAAUUGUUAUACCAAGUAAAUUACGUGAAAUUAAAAUUGUCUCUUUAAACAGGGGAUUUUGCCCUUGUGUGUUUGGGAUGGUGGAGAUUGAAUUAAGGUGGAAAUCUCCUCUUCUAAAGUGCAAUGCAAAAGGAACAUUGUUUAUGCAGGGGUAUUUUUUAUGUGGGUUUUUUUGUUUUUGUUUUUUUGUGUUUUUUUUUUUUUGCUUCUUUGUAUUUUUUCUGCAAUUAUUAAAAAAAAUCAUAUGCAUGGAAUUAAAAUCUCUGCCAUAUGUAUAUUCAUUAAUGGGCAUUAUUACUGUCUUAUGUAAAGGGUUUGUUAUGCAAUAUGCAUAAAACUGUUCUCAGCCUUAUGAUUUCCACAUCUGUAUUUUUCAGUUAUUUCUUCAAGGGAAACUAAAUAAUUUAGCUUUAGCUGAGUGUUGCAUAUUUUAGAAGGUCUCUCACAUGCUGUGCUCUAUUGCCAUGUCAAGAAAUUACACAUAGAACGAACCUGUUGUUUUUCACCAUGCUGGCUUCUUUGAAGCAGAAUGUUUUUAUUGUUUUGUCUAACCUUUGAAUGUCUCUUUCCUUAUGACCUAACAAAAAUUUGCAGUGUGUUGAAGCCUCUACCUGUCUCAGCCAGGAAAAAACAACCUUCUUACCUGCAGCACCUCAUAUAUUUCAUCCUUGUAAUUAUGCAGCAUGUAUAUUUAUUCACUCGCAUAACUUCUCCUGUCUGUAUGAAGUCUUUUUCCUCAAAAAUGAACGAACUCUGCAUAUUUUUCAGGGAAGGAAAAAAUAAGAUCGUAAAUAGCUUUAUCAAAAAACACCAAGGAAGAAAAUUCUCCGUAUUCAAACGGCAUGCUAUUAGGUUUUAAAAUUUUUGAUUUUUCACAUGAUAUGUUACAAUAAAUCUGUUGAGUGUAAUCGCUUUACUGUGUUUCAAAUUAACAUCAAGCACUAAGUAGGAUUAUUUUAAAUUGGAGGAAACAACCUAUUAGAAAAUCACUCUAAGUUAAGGUUUUAAACCCAUGCAGGGAAAUAAAAUUAAGAACCCCACCCCCAGUAGUGCAAGAAGACUGUGGGAACAAACUAACUACACCAGCAACUCAUUAAUAGGAGAGUUCUGUAAAAUGGGAUUUUUUAUUUUUUGUCUUUCCAAAAUACAUUUUGCAAUGAGCAAAUAGUAGAAUUUUGGCAUCUCUGAAGAGCAUGUCCUUUUCUUUUUAACUCAAAACUUCUGUGCAGGGAUUAUAAAUCUAUGUAUUGGGGAAAGGGGAUAUCUGGGUAUUUUCAACAUCACACAGGCACUUGAUUCUAGAAAACAUCUGUUGAUAAUGGUGGUAACACUUGUGAGAGAAACUUUUGUGAUGGUUGUUCGCAGUGAGGGAGUUCUGUGUGUAAUUUCUGCGUAUGCAACAUUGCACUGAAGUAAAUCCCUCAUAGAUGGGAUUGCUCUUACUUUGACCACAGCUGCAUUCCAUGUGCACCCAAGUCAGUAGGGGGCCUAGGAAUUGUAAGACUGCAUCCCCUCCCUUUGUAUUUGCCAUUUAGUUUCCUUUAAGAAGUUAAAAGGGAGAAGAGGUGUUUUAUACAGGCUAUUGACUCUCCCUAUACUUAAAAAUAUAUUACCUAGAUAAUUGUAUAUUCAGUUUAAUUACUCACUGUUUCUAUACUGAAAGAAGACUUAACGAAGGGAAAAAAAAAACCAACAGCAAUAACAUUCAUAUCUAUGGAGCAGCUAACUAGUAUACAUAAUACUCUGCUUUUCAAACAGAACUAGCCAAUGUAAAAAAAUAAAGAAGUAAAUUCAACAUGUAAAUACUUUUUUUUUUUUCUCUCAUUUUACACUGUUGUAUUAUAAGUGUAUAUGGUGUUUACUUUUUCAAAACUCUUUCUUACCUGGUAGUUGUCUUGUUUUAUGAGUUGUGUUUUUAAACUAAGAAGAACUUUUGCUGUUAAGGAAAAACAAAACAAAAAAAACAAACAAAAACUUUUGCAAGUUUUCAAUGUGGGUUAACUUUUUGACAUCAUUUGCAUUUUAUUUGUCCUUAUUUUCAUUGUAAAGUAUUUUAUUAUUACAAAAAAUGAUUUCCCCCUGUCAGUUCGUGUGUUUUAGAGGGAGGUUUUGUUUUUUGAGGUGUUUUUUUGUUUUUUAAAAGCAAAAGAAUUCACAGAAAUUACUUUUUUUUUUUUUUUUUCAAUUGAGGAAAAAAAAAUCUAUACAUUUAUAAUAGCCAAUAGCAUUUCAGCACAUUUUGUUAUCCUGGUCUCUCCUAUGCUGCUGCUAAUGACAAUAUUAUGACUUACUCUACUAUUCUAGAACUAUUUUUAUGUAAUUAAUGUAUGCUUUCUUGUUUAUAAAUGCCUGAUUUAAAAAAAAAUAAGAAAAAAGCUUGGCAUAUUUAUCUAUUGCGCUGUGUACCUUGAUAGUCCUUUUACAUCCCCUUUUCCACCUCCCCUCCCCUGAAACAGAUAAUAUUGUAAAAUAAAGGACUUUAUGAGAUUAUGUAUGAAAAUAGCUAUGCUUAUAUACCACAGUGACUGAAUGUACAGUGUAUAGACGCAUUACCUAAAAUAAAAUUGUUUGUCCAGAAAACAA